AGCUUAGCCAAACGUCAAUUGUCACCCGUCAAAAUAUCUACGAAAAUAAAUGGAUCAUGGCUACCUUGAAAGUAAUCAACUGUUUGUUUAUUAUUUUAGUAACAAACUUAGUAACAGGCGAGCUAGUGCAAAGAAGGCCAGAAUUGCGAGAAGAGCCUGAAGAAGACUACGAUUCAGCGAAUAGUAAUUUAAACGAACCUGGCGAACCUCCUCCCGAUUUACUAUCGCGUCAACCUAACCCCAAUUCGAUACAGAAUCCCCAUUUGAAAAGAUACUCUUGCUAUUCCUGUGAGCCACCUGAUUGUUCGAAGACCACAACAUGUCAAAAUGCUUUACAGUGCUGGAAAUCUCGCGUGAGGGAAAGUACUGGGGAAGAAAGCGUUUCCAAGGGGUGUACUACGGAUCAAGAGCAACUUCCUUUCUUCUGCAGAACACCUUCGGUUACCGUCCAACAUAAACGCCAUGCCAGCGGUCAAUUUCAGAUUGACUGUUGCGUGGGAGAUUUAUGUAACGAUGGGGAGUUCCCAGAAUUGCCGGCCAUAUACAAAGAAAGCACUAGUCAGUACACGGACUCUGUUAUAUACGGAUUGAAGAUAUUCGCUGCCAUUUUGGGUCCUUUGGUAGUGUUUGGGACCAUCGGCGUCAUAGCGUUGUAUUUUAUGAGAAGAUAUUACAGAAAUAGGUUAUGCAACGAAAACAGAGCCGAUCCCGAUACCUAUUACGCGUCCGACGACUUGCUCAGAGCCACCGCUGCAGGCGACAGCACUCUAAGAGAGUACCUGGAACAAUCCAUGACGUCAGGAAGCGGUUCCGGUUUGCCACUACUCAUCCAAAGGACGUUGGCAAAACAGAUAUCGCUGGUCGAGUGCAUCGGCAAGGGAAGGUACGGGGAGGUCUGGAGGGGCAUAUGGCACGGCGAAAGUAUCGCCGUCAAAAUUUUCUUUUCCAGAGACGAGGCCAGUUGGUCCAGGGAAACCGAGAUUUAUAGCACGAUUUUGCUCAGACACGAAAAUAUUUUGGGUUAUAUAGGAUCGGACAUGACGUCACGCAACUCUUGUACUCAAUUAUGGUUGAUCACGCAUUAUCACUCGUUGGGCAGCCUGUACGACUAUCUAAAUUACACGUCGUUGUCUCACCAGCAGCUGAUGAGACUCUGUCUAUCAUUGGCCAAUGGUUUGGUCCAUUUGCACACUGAAAUUUUCGGUACUCAGGGAAAACCCGCGAUAGCUCAUAGGGACAUAAAAAGCAAAAAUAUAUUAGUUAAAAGCAAUGGUACCUGCUGCAUAGCCGAUUUUGGGCUGGCCGUGACGCAUUUUCAAACGACUGACGAGUUGGAUAUAGGUUCGAAUCCUAGAGUCGGUACAAAGCGGUACAUGAGUCCUGAGGUGCUUGACGAAACAAUCCGAAUGGACCAUUUCGACUCGUUCAGACGGGCCGACAUAUAUGCCUUGGGUCUGGUAUAUUGGGAGAUGUGCAGACGGACGAUAAGCAAUGGCAUAGCGGAGGAUUACAAACCGCCGUUUUUCGACGUGGUGCCAAGCGAUCCUAGCUUCGAAGACAUGAGAAAGGUGGUGUGCGUGGAUCAACAGAGGCCGAGUUUGCCCAACAGAUGGACCAGCGAUACGCUGCUAUCCGGUAUGUCAAAAUUGAUGAAAGAGUGUUGGCAUCAAAAUUCCACCGUCAGAUUGCCCGCUCUGAGAAUAAAAAAGACUCUCUUGAAACUGGCCAGCUCCGAUACGGUUAUCAAAAUGGAGGAUAUGGAAAUUUGUGUGUAGAAAUCUUCCACUCUAUCGAAUUCGCGCAACUAUCAACGGAUUUCGACAAACAAAGCAGACUGAACGAUUGUCGAAAUCAAUCAACAAGAAUCUUAUAACGGAUGUAACAUUGACGGCUGUCAAAAAUGUUAGCUGUCAAAAAUUAUCUCGGGGCACGAAUUCCAGAUUUAGAGGGUGGGGUUUAAGUGAUGUUGGUGAUAUACGCCGUUUUACUGAAAAUAAUCUUUAAACUUCUGGAUUUCGACUUGACAGAUGAACAUUUGACACUUUAGGUUGUAGUUUGAUGUUUUACAGUGAUAUUUUAAUGGUUGAUGGUAAUAUUUGACGAUUGGUGAAGACUUUUGACAUAAAUAGGAUGAAUUUUGACAUUUACAAAUCACUUUUGAAGUUUAUAAAUGACAUUUGACGUUUACAAUUGACUUUUUGCGUUUACAAGUCACUUUUGAAGUGACAUUUGACUUUUACAAUUGACUUUUCUAUUUACAAGUUAGUUUUGAAGUUUAUAAGUGACUUUUGACUGUCAAAAGUGACAUUUAUUGUUUAAAGAGGCGACAUUUUUCACGCACCCUUUAAAAUUCAUUAAAGGCAUUUACAAAAGUUUGAAAGACUUAUUUCAAGACUGAUAAAUACAUAAAUAGAUUUAUAGAAAAAUGCACAAAGUAGUUUGUAUUAAGUUGAAGAUAUUUUUAACGGUAUAUCAUCAAUAUUCACAUGUUUGGACGAUUUUGAUAUAAAAAACGACUUAUAUUUAAUGCCAUAAUAAGAAAAUUAAGAAAAGCAAAUUGCUUUUCUUUUCUCAUAGGUAAAAUUUCUUUGUUAUACUAUCUCUAAGGUUGUGUUACAGGGUGGGACAAAUCAAAUUGGCAAUAGACAAUCAUAUACCGCCCUUGUUAGGAAAUUUCUUUGAUGGACAGAACUGGAAACGUUUUAAUUUCUAUUUAAAAAUUAUCGUUGUUAUACAGAUCGUCCUAAAAUAGUGACGAAAUUCGUUUUAUCAGUAUUCCAGUUCUGUUGUGGUUCGUUUCGUUUUUAAUUUUCAGCACCUCAAAUUGAUAUAGAUCAACGUGCCAAAUUAAUUUUUAUACUUACUGGUAAGUCGAAUUUAUUGUUUAUAUUUUUAAGGGAAAAGUAGAUAGUAAACCGCUUGGGUACACUUUCAUCGAUUUUUCCCCAGA